CAGGUAAGAAAUUUAUCUCUAUGACUUGCUAGAGCUCAUUAAGAGUAACAUAAAGAUUUAUAUUUAUAUCUGAGAGCAUCUUUCUGAUGACUUCAUCUUUCUUAUUUUCAGGUCAUGAACCUCAAUUGUUCCCUGUGGCAGGACAACAGCAUGUCUGUGAAACGCUUUGCAUUUGCCAGAUUCUCUGAGGUCACUGAACAGUGUUUCCUUUUAUUUACCCUCAUCCUACUCAUGUUCUUAGCAUCACUGACAGGCAAUGCUCUCAUAGCCCUUGCCAUCUGGACCAACCCGGUCCUCCAUACCCCCAUGUACUUCUUCCUGGCCAACUUGUCUCUCUUGGAGAUUGGCUACACUUGCUCUGUCGUACCCAAGAUGCUGCAGAGCCUUGUGAGUGAGGCCCGAGGAAUCUCUCGGGAGGGUUGUGCUACACAGAUGUUCUUCUUUGCACUAUUUGGUAUCAGUGAGUGCUGUCUUUUGGCAGCCAUGGCUUUUGACCGCUAUAUGGCCAUAUGCUCCCCACUUCAUUAUGCAACACGUAUGAGUCAUGGACUGUGUGUCCGUUUGGCGGUGGUUUCUUGGGGAGUGGGAUGCAUGGCAGGCUUGGGCCAGACCAACUACAUUUUCUCCUUGGACUUCUGUGGCCCCUGUGAAAUCGACCACUUCUUCUGUGAC